AGUACAUUGCUCAAGAGAAAGGAGUAGGGCAGCUUGGAAAAUAAUUGAGGAGCAUUUGAUGCCAUUUGUGGAGAAAGAACAAUAUCAACUUUCAAGUAGAUGUAAGCUCCAUCCUGACAACCACUUGUAUAGAGAUCAAGAACAGCACAAACACCAUGUAGACAUAAAUGAAUGGCAAUGUGGGUACUGUAGGAAGACUUUCUAUGAAGAGAAAUUCCUUGACAAGCAUUUUGACAACAGACAUUAUGAUCUGCUGAACAUGAGUCGCAGCAGGUGCUUGGCAGACUUAUGCGGUGCAUUACAUUGUGACCUUGUAAUGGAUUCUAUGCCUCGGAAAACUAAGUGCAAUCCUGCUGCUGCCGCAAGGAACAAACAUCUAUGUGAGAGUCUAGCUGAUAGUUGUUUUCCAGUCUCUGAAGGUCCUUCAGCAAGCCGUCUUCAUGAAUUCUUCCUCCGCCAAUUCUGCGACACCCACACUUGUUCUGGAGGUCAGAAACCCUUUUCUAAUGGGUACAAGAAGAAAAAGACAAGUAUUUUCUACAUUUCCAUUUCCAUUUUGACAUUGCUGCUGCUGCCACUUUUCUACAUUUUUGUGUACUUGUACCGAAGAGGAAUUAAAAAGGGUUCCCAAGAGUUAAGACGCAUCCCAAAAAUUGGACAAAAAAAAUCAUUCUAGUUGGUUGUCAAGUUUUAUACCACCAGUCAUGAUCUAAGGUUCAGUUUGCAUUGCAUGUGAUUUCUCAGAGAAAGAGAUUGCAAAGGAAGCAGGAGAGAGGUAAAUACUGUUUUGCCAUGUCAUAUAUGUCAUCUGUGGACACUUUUAAUGCAGAGGAAUAGGAACAAUUGAACUAGAAUCUUCUUCGAGAUAUGAUGUACCAUUCAUUUGACUAAGAUAGAUUAUAAUCUGAAUGUACUUGGAACACCAUAACAGGCACUACCGCAAUGAAAGAAUAUAUCAUUACUUGGAAA